AUGAGUGGAAGAAGAAGCAUUGGAAGAAGAAAACAUCAAGCAAGAUAUCAAUCAGUUUAUUCAAAAAAGGGUAAAAUAAAAGAAGAAGAAGAUGAUGAAUAUGAAGAUACAAGUAUAUCAGUAAAUUCAGAAAAUGAAGAAAUUAAUAUGGAGGAAAUGCAAGAAGAGCUUCAUCAUAAGUACCCAACAAAUAGAAGACUUACAAGAUCUAUUGCACCAAUAAAAUUAAAAAAACCAAAAAAAGGUAAUGAAGACACUGAUACUUCUUUUAUUGGAGAUGAAGAAACACCAAAGAAAGUGAAUAAAAGAACUAAAAGAAAAUACACAAGGAGAAUCAAAAAAGAAAAUGAAUAUGACAAAACACUUAUAAAUACCGAAGAAAAAGAAGAAAAAAUGGAAGAAGAUAAAGAUGUUGUUGAAUUAAUUGAUGAUCCUAUUCUUCAAUCAAGUAUGAAUGAAAUAAGUGGAAGCAAUGAGGAAAAAAUAAGACAAAAAGUUGAAGAACUUAACGAUAUUACAUUAGUUAAAACUGCAGAAAAAAUUAAUGUUCCAGUUAAUAAUAAUAUUAUUGACCUUCGAACACAAAACUCGUAUUUAAUUGUAUCAAAAGAACAAGCAGAAAGAAUGUUUAAUUUUACACCAGUCCAUAUUAGAAAAGGAAAGUAUAGAUUUCCAGGAACUGAUUUAUGGUAUAACACAAUUGAAGAAUACAAAAAACUCCAAAAAGAAUAUAGAACAAAUGAGGUUGUGUAA